GCAAGAAUAUUCUAUAUUACUAGCCUUUUAAUAACAGAUAUAUUGAAAGCCUAGGGGGAUGUGUUAUAAUAUAAGCCGUAAUUGCGCAGUGGCAAUUAUGGAUCCGUGUUCCCGGUUGCGUCCAUGGAAUCAUUGUCAGAGGCACUUUGUGAACUUCUGCAAAGUACCUGAGUACGUCCGAUGCUGUUGCUGUUUCUGGGGUUGUUCCAACUCCGUAGAAAAUGAAAGACUAAAGGCUAAAAUCCUGGCUCUACAAGUGCCAUGUCGAUGCGUGAGUGUUUAGUUGCAAGCGAGAGUAAUUUAAAGACUCGUGGGACAGCGUCUAAGAUCGAUGGUCUAAAGUCCGCGUUGAGAUAUUGAGAAAUUUGCAGACGUCCAUAUGGCUGCCUCUGGCCCGAAGAGCAUGUCGUGGACCGAACAGGUGGAGAGCCCGUUUGUCAUGGUCUCGGCAGCCGGUUGAGAGGUCGAGGCCACUACUGAUGCUAGCCCAGUGGGUGGUGAUAAUCUGGUCGGUUGGUGGGUCCAUGGUGUUCGCGAACCUUGAAUAGAAUUGGUGAAUUGGUCAAAGUAAGUUGCAA